AUGGUGAAAUUCAAUUUAAAAACACUUUUAUGGAUAAAUUUUAUUUUUUUAAGUCAAGCUGCGAGAAAAACAGUGCAUAUUACCCCGACAUCUGCAUUAGAUCUCAAUGAUAAUGAUAUUAUCAGAGUAUUUACACACAACGAAUCAAAUCCAAGGGAUUUUGAAAAUUUUACUAUUGCUGUUAAAGAUACCGAAGAAAUUUUUUAUCUUGACGGCAAAACUGAUUCUUAUAUGACAGGAAAUGGAGAAACUCAAGAGAUAAAUACUCUCAUCAAAAUAGUUCCUGAGUUUGAUUUAAGUGUGGAGAAUGUAAGCGCGCAGUGUCAGAAGGACUCGGAGUUAUUUAAGCGUGAACUGAGAAAGAUGAGUCUUUGGGCUGUGAAGAAGGAUCAAUUAUACGGGCAAGUUACCGGGCAGUAUUGUUUAGUUUAUCUGCAAAUAAAUAUCGACAAGCUCCGGCCUGAUUUGACGUAUCUUCAUCGCCUCACGCACUCUCACUACGCAUUUAGGAGUAAUUUAACAGACCCAGGCCACAGGGUACCGCGUUUCAGCACUGUUAACUGGGCGGUGUGCGCACCAGCUAGCUGUUCACCUCAAGAUGUUGAAACAAGCUUCAAGGAUAAGCUCGCUAAGUACACAACAGGGACUGGUCUUGACGUAACCAUCAGAGUCGACCGUGAAAUGUGCCAAGUUCAAAGGACCAAGUCACUUCCUAUUGCGACAAUCAUCGUCGGCAUUUUCUUCGCUGGCGUUAUAAUUCUCUCUAUUGUUAGCGCUGUUUGCGAUCACUACAAUGUUUAUGCUAAUGAGAUCUUACUGUCGUUUUCCCUGAAACGUAAUUUCCGCAAGCUUAUAUCAUUACAACGCAGUCAGAAUGAUAUAGCAACUGUCCAUGGUGUAAGAGCAAUUAAUGCACUGAUGUUAAUAAUAGCGCACAAAAGUAUGGCUAUUUUUUUUUAUCCUUAUGCCAACAGAACUACUAUGGCAGAGUAUCUUGGUCAACCUUGGACAGUAUUAGGUCGAGCAGCCAGUCUUUAUACGGAUCCUUUUAUCAUGCUGUCAGGACUUUUGACCACUUAUUCGCUUGUACAGCAAUUAGAUAAGUCAGGAAAAAUUAAUAUUAAAAAAGAAUAUUUAUCAAGAUUACUCAGAUUGGUCCCAACUUUAGGAGCAUUAAUACUUUUCUGUACUUUUGUAAUGCCGUACAUUGGUUCAGGACCUCAGUGGAACUUGGUAGUAACUCACCAUGCAGAAAUUUGCAAAAGAACUUGGUGGAGAAAUUUAUUAUUUAUUCACAACUAUUUUGGAUUUGAAAAUAUGUGUUUGACGCACACACAUCAUGUAGGCAUUGAUACUCAACUAUUUGCAUUAUCUCCAUUAAUGAUAUUGACACUGUACAAGUGGCCGAAGUUUGGAGGACUUACACUUGCUAUUAUUGCUUUAUUAUCAACAGCAUUACGAUUUUACGUUACUUAUUACAAACGUCUUAGUAAUUAUGUUUUCUUCGGUACAUCCAUACGACAGUUGUUUGAUACUGCAAAUCUUUCAUACAUAUUGCCAUCUCAUCGAUUGACUGUUUAUAUAAUUGGAAUUUACCUCGGUUACUUGCUUAGAAGAUACCCCAAAGGAUUAAAAAUAAACAAGUCGAUCAUUAGACUCGGCUGGAUAGUGACCUCUUUAGCAGCUCUUUCUGCCUUCUUAGGACCUGCUGGUAUGGGUUCCAUCCACUAUGUCUACGAUCCAAUACACGCAGCAGCUUAUAACGCUUUCGCUCCAAUCGGUUGGUGUGCGUUAUUCGCCUGGAUUGUUGUUGUUUCUCAUACAGAUAACUCUACAACAUCGCUCACAAGAUUCUUCGGAUGGAGAGGCUUUCUAGUCAGCACAAAAUUGAGUUAUGCUGUUUACUUAACGCAGUUCCCGGUAUUUUUCUACAAUGUCGGUGUAACUCGUACUUCAGAGACGUAUGAAUUUGUCAGAAUGCACUUCAAUUUUAAUGAACUUUUUUGGAUUAUUACAACAGCCGCUGUACUUACACUUUUAUUUGAUACUCCUUUUCAAAAUAUUAAAAAUUAUUGUUUAAGAUCUAAAUCAAAAGACUUAAAGGCUAAUGAAAUGAUUUAUAAAAAUGUUAAAGUCGAAUAG